UCCUCCUCGCCUCCGCUCUCCCUCCUCAAGGCUUUGUCCAGCCCCUCGUGAAGAUGGCGGGGCUGAGCAGCAAGACUAGCGCGGCAGAGGCGCCGAGACGCAGCGGCCGAGGGGUCGUGAUUUCAGAUGAUUGGCCAGGAUAUAGCUUGGAUCUGUUUACAUAUCCACAGCAUUACUGUGGAGACCUUGACUAUGUGCUCAUACCACAUGGGAUCAUUGUUGACAGGAUAGAACGUUUGGCCAAAGAUAUCAUGCAAGACGUUGGAUUCAAUGACAUUGUGGUUCUCUGUGUACUUAAAGGUGGCUACAAAUUCUGUGCUGAUCUUGUGGAGCAUAUUAAGAACCUCAGUAGAAACUCAGAAAGGUUCAUCUCCAUGAAAGUUGACUUUGUUAGACUGAAAAGGUAUCGGAAUGACCAGUCUAUGCAAGAUAUUCAGAUCAUAGGAGGAGAUGACUUUUCAAAACUGGCUGGAAAGAAUGUCCUUAUUGUGGAGGAUCUCAUUGGAACUGGAAGGACUAUGAAAGCACUCCUUGACAGUAUUAAAAAAUACAAGCCCAGAAUGGUCAAGGUAGCAAGUUUGUUGGUGAAAAGAACAGCUCUACCAGAUGGAUUCAGGCCUGACUAUUAUGGAUUUGAAAUUCCAGAUUUAUUUGUGGUGGGCUAUGCCUUAGACUACAAUGAGUACUUCAGAGAUCUAAACCACUUAUGUGUUAUCAAUAACCACGGCAAAGCAAAAUACAGAGUCUAAAGAAUAGCUGAUCGUCCUGGUCUGGAAGAUUGGUGGUCCUCGUGAUCGUCUCCUUAAGAACAGACCAACUGAUGCUCAUGUCAUUCAGACUGGACUAUAUAUGGCAACUCCCCAGGAAGGAUCAUCUUGGACUUUGUCACAGUUAAACUCCUUUGUUUCCUUCAGACUUCCUACGGUAACCAGGUCAAAGGCAGAGAAGACAUAAUAUUCUAAGUCCAAAAGAAUAGAAAUUAGAGGUGAAAGGAAACCUGGUUUUUAAUUCUGUGCAUCCAGCCUUGCCCAACCUUGUCAUGCCAGAUCUGUUGGGAUUACAACUCCCAUUGUUUCCAACCAUCAAGCUUCCGUACCCUAUACAACAAGUGCCUUCAAGAAUGUGUGUCAAGCACAACUGCACAGUGAUCAAUGGGCUCAGUGGAGCUAGUAUAACAAUUAUUACAUUCCAAUGGUGCAGUUUGUUAGCUCCAGUUUUUCAGACAGUGUUGUAGUGCCUUCAUUUAAGCUCCUCUUUAAAUGAUCUUCAAAUACAUAAUUCUUAUUGUCUCCUUUUGAUGAUUCAAUCAUUGUUGAGAUACUUAUUCUUGCCUGUCAUUUAAAAUUCAAAGGAGCAAAGACCUCAGCAUAAAUGAUUCUCUCUUAGCUCAAUAGCUUCUUGCAGAACCCUUGAGAUAGCUUAGGCUGGUCACGAGUGACUGGGGCCAAUGUUGUAGUUCAUAGAAGCGGACAAACCACAUUGUGGUUUAAACACUGUUUUUUUGUAAACCAUUGUUUUUGGCUUAGUAUUGUGUGAACCAGAUCACUAUAAACUUGUUCAGCAAAGCAUAGUUAAACCAUACCAUGGCUUAAAGGUAGGCAGUCAGGCAGGGAAUGUCAUAAUUAAGCAAGCAGUUGUCUCUUGUUUGAAGUCCAGUAUUAUGUCCUCUACAUUAUAACCCUCUAGUAUGCUUCAGAACUAACGUAGGAUUUGAACUUAGAUGUUACUAGUCCUAGUCUUACAUUCUAACUCAGGGGAAUUCAGAAGAGGGCAAUUUGGCUUCCUUUACUUGUUUUGGCAGCCGCUUGCUUUCUGAUGGGAAUCGAAGUCCAGGAUAUCUGGAGGGCAGGGAGAAUUGCCUAUGCCUCUUCUGAUCUUAGUGUCAUGCUGUCUUUGUUCAUCUCUUUGUCUUCUGCUUCUCACCUCUUCACAGAACUAGUUUCAAUGUCACUUUAUAUUUCUUUGGUUUGGGGCUACAACUCCUCUUCAGUGAUAACAAGGAAUAAUCUGGAAUCUUUAGAACAAUAUGAGCAUGCGUAUUGGCACAGUAGAUCACGGAAAACAGAAUUUGCUUCUGCAUAAGAGAAAUGUUAAAAUUCAUAACACUGUUACUGCUUUAUGAAAUACAUCUGGAAUGGUUAAUUAUGUGUUGAGCCUUUCCCAAAUAGGCAUUUCCAGAUGUAUUGGAGCUGUAAAUCUCAGAAUUCAUCUCAUGAUAUAGGAAUUCUAAGAAUCACCCUCCUAACACAAGUAGGACAUACAAGACUUGGGAAAGCCAAUGUUCGGGAUCCUCAGCUGCCCUAUAACAAAUGUUAAAGUCAUAUUUGAAUUAUGCACAGAAAUUUAAUUUAUAACCUUAUCUUAGGUUAUAGUUCAAAUCAUCCCAUUCAAUUUAUGGUGGAAGUGUUGGUUCGACAAUACUUGGCCUGUUGGGACUUAUACCAGUUGUUCAGUAGUGGCUCUAAUUAAACCUUGUAAUCUUUGUGGUACCUUCCCUUGAGCUAUAACUCCUGUGUAAAAACUACUUAGGCAUUAAAGUGCAUUGAACUCUGUCAA